AUGUCGUCACGGGCUAUGUGGACGUGCGAUGUCGAUGGCUGUGUCAAGCCCGCCGAAAAUGACAUAUAUUAUGCACUAGCAAAAGAAGUAGAACGAGACGAGAUCAACGAGCUCAUCGCCCGGAUCGACACCUCCGCCCUCCUUUCAAUUGCUAGCCAGCUGCGCGACGGGGUUCCCUGCUCUCUUCCACAGCCUCCGGAGUAUGAUGAGACAUUGGUGGGUGGCAUGAACUACCAUAUUGAGAUCGAAUUCGAAGACGGGGUCUGCUGGAUGGCUCGUAUUCGGCGGGUUAAUGCCACAUCGCCGUCACCAGAGCUUCGCACCUUUAUCAUGCAGAGUGAAGUCGCCACCCUCAAGUUUCUGAGCAAAACAAAGAUCCCAGCCCCCCGUGUCUUCCAUUACGACUUCGAUCCCGGGAAUCCAGUCGGUGUCGGCUAUAUCUAA